UGGUGGACGUAUAGCAGAAGCAUGAUUGUCGUCCAUCGCGUGUUUUCAAGACGUUUCCUGACGCAAGGAGUUCACAGAACUGCCUCUGCAAGUUAUCUACGUUUCUUAUCUUCUGAGCAGGAUGGUGAUGAUAAGAAAGAGAMGUCAAUUUCAAUGUURUUGAAGUCAUUGAAAMAGACAAACACAAAGKUCACCCUAGAAAAUGUUUUGCCAAGAAAGUCAGUUCAUGAUGGAAAUGAUGAUACAGUACAAAAAGAUGCCAUACAGAAAUAUAGCACUUCAACUAAAGRCGUAAAAACCAAAAAGUCCAAACAUGGCGUUAGGAAUAAAUCUGUACCGGAUACACUGGCAAGUAUUUACAACAGAGAUCGUACCCAACCCGUCAGCUCAGAGAUUAAUGAUAGUGUGAAGUCUAUCUUGUCCAAGCUCAAAGUCGAUAGAGCCCAUUCGCAGCUUUCAGAUGACAUCGUGGGUAUUGUUAAAAAAUGGGGUGGACAGAAACAAUCUGGAAACCAUGUUARGAAAGAUUUCAUGAUGCAAAAACAACCAAGCCCAUUUAAAGUAUCUGGGCCCAUUUCYUUUGCAUCAGGAGCAAGGUUUGAAGGUUUUGAUGAUAUAUUCAAAAGUCAUAAUGUGCAUGUCAAGGAAACCCUUCCUGUUCUAAAGUUAUUAGAAGGAGAAGAUGCAGAUUUGUUAGACCAGUAUAAAUCUCUUGACCAAAGAAAUGACUUUUUUACACUGAUUGGAAUAGCAGACAAGCAGUGGAAGUUCCCUGUUGAUAAUGAAGUGUGUAAAGUAGAGGAGAAAGAUGUAGGUUUUGAGGAGCAUGUGUUCCUCGGCUAUUUACUGGAUAAUUUUCCAAAGAAGGGACCAGUACGUAUGUUUAUGGAGCUUGUUGUCAAUGGUUUAGAACAAAACCCUUAUAUGACUGUAGCACAGAAGAAAGACCAAGUGUUCUGGUUUAAAGAUUACUUUGAAAAUAUCCCAGAAGAAGAUCUUUCAUUUUAGUCUAUUUUUUUGUUUGAGUACAUAAUAAAAUUAAUAUAAUUAUGCCAAUAACUUGUAGAUGUUUUGUUUGUUUGCUUCAUCAAGAUGCAGGAUAGGAAGAAGUAUGUAGAAAUGGAACCUCCAAUGCAAAGUUUUGUUUGAAUUUUGGUCUGAACAACUGCAUUAAAUAGAUGGGCUAGUAAAUUAUA